AUGGCAGAGCAACGGGCGCUUCGGAUGGACAAGGCGGACGAGGAGGCGACGGAGGUCCAGCAGACGGAGCUGGAGGUCGUCGCGGAGCGGAUCGUCUCGUCCCUGCCGUGGCUCUUCGUUCAGGGCAUCUCGACCGCGUUCGUGUACUACUCGGACAUGUUCGCGCGCCUCAGCAGCGACGAGGACGCUGGCCUCUUGGCGGGCAAUGUGCCUGCAGGCGCCCUCAUGCUCCUCGACACGGGCGUGCACCUCGCUCUCGGCUUCCGCUCGCGAUCCAUACCGUACCUCUCGGGCUUCAGCGCCCGUCAGCAGCCCGGUCCGUACGUCUACGACGCGCUGGGCUUCCUGCUCCCUGCCCUGGGCUAUGCGCUGCGCCCCGUGGCCGAGUUCGGCAACAGCUGGAACACAACCGUGCAAGCCCAGGACGACAUCGAGCGGUAUAUCCGCCUCAACAUCCUCACGAGCGCGCUGCUGCUCCCGGCCGUGGUGUUCAAGUUCCUCGCGUCCGUCUGGCGCUACCGGUCGUGGUGCGUGAUUCGGAGGGCGCGCGUGGCCGCCGGGGGCGCCUCGCCUGGGCCAUCGGGCCACCUCACGCGGCUCUGGACGCUGGCGUUCCUGCACAUGACGGCGCUGGGGGCCGCCGUCGCGAUGUCGCUGAUGCAGGCGUACCUGCAGCUCGACCCGCGCCUGACGGUCAUAUCCCGCACGGCGCCGGAUUUCGUCCGUAGGCUCUCGCUGAUCGAGAACCGCCCCGACGCGCUGCGAGUCCUAGACGACGCAAUCGUUCAAGGGCUCGGUGCGGCGGAGGUUUCGUUCACGCAAGUGACGAUCGAUGGGGAGGUGGCGUUCGGGCCGCCGUCCGAGGCGCUGGUGCCGCCGGACGACUACGUGUACAUCAGCUCGGACAAUGGCCGCGUCAGGGCGCUGUUUUCGUCCGACGAAAUCAGCAGCUUCGACGCGCACGUCGCGUUCCCCCUCGUGAAGACGGUCAUUCUGGGCAACAUCCUGCUGCUCAUGGUCUCGAUCAUCGGGCUCACGGGCCGCGCCAUCCUCCGCCCGCUGAUCUCGCUCCUCGGUGCCGUGCUCGAGGCCGGGCGCCUCGUCGACCGGCACAAGCUCCUCGGGCAGACCUCGUCGGCGCGCAACGCCAGCGGGAGCGGCCGCGGCGGCCGGAAGAGCCUCGGGCGCAGGGGGGACGCUGCGGAGCGACAGGCGCCCGUGGAUUCGGUCGAGGAGGCCGUGGACAAGAUCGUGAAGCUGGUGUACAUCAUCACGAAACAGUACCGGGGGGGUAAAGUGGUGCUGCGGCGCAUCAUCGACAGCGGGGCGCGCGACAUCAACCAGGGGAUGCUCAACUGGGCCACGCUGUACGACAACAACAUCGGGUCGAGCGCCGCGGAGCGGGAGCGCAAGCAGUCGGAGGCGCUGUUCAAGUUCCGCGACGCCAGCAUCUACGAGAAGUCGUUCCGGAAGGACGCCGCGCCGACGCUGGGCAGCGAGGACUUCGACACGCUGUCGCUCAAGUCCGACGAGCUGUUCGGGUCCGUGAUGAGCAUGUUCCGCAACAUGGCCCUCCUGCAGACGGGGUCGCGCAUGCACCGCGGCGACGACAUGCGCCCGGACGUGGCGACGCUCGAGCGCUUCCUGGAGCUCCUCGAGGCGUGCUACAUCGACAACCCGUACCACAACUGGCGGCACGCCGUCGACGUGACGCACAGCGUGUACGUCAUGCUGCAGAAGGACGCGGGGCUGCAGGAGCAGCUGGGGCAGCUCGACAAGCUGUGCCUGAUGGUCGCGGCGCUCGCGCACGACGUCGGGCAUCGCGGGAUGAGCAACCAGUACCUCGUGGGCGUGCGCGACGAGCUGGCCAUCACCUACAACGACCAGUCGGUGCAGGAGAACAUGCACGCGGCCACGCUGUUCAAGCUGCUCGAGGAGCACCCCGACGCCAACGUGCUGGGCAACCUGGACCCGGCCAAGUACGCCCGGGCGCGCCAGAGCAUCAUAGGGCUCAUACUGGCCACGGACAUGGUGGAGCACUUCAACCUGAUAGCCAAGCUGGAGGUGGUGGUGGAGGAGCACGGACCGGUGCUGCCGUUCGGGCAGGGCCCCGCGCAGUCGCAGUCGCUCGGGCGCCAGCACAAGCAGCUGGUGAUGCAGGGCAUACUGCACACGGCCGACCUGGGCCACACCUUCAAAGCCGAGUCGAUCACGACGCAGUGGACCACGAAGCUGUUCGAGGAGUUUUUCAGCCAGGGCGACAAGGAGCGCGAGCUGGGCAUGCCCGUCCUGCCAAUCAUGGACCGCUCCGUGCAGUACGUGCCCUCGGGGCAGAUGGACUUCAUCCAGAUCGUCCUGCUGCCGUGGGUGUCGGCGAUGGCGCGCGUCGCGCCCGGGCUCACGUACCUGCUCGACCGCCUGGAGCGGUCGUUCCAACACUGGGCGAUGAUUGUCGAAAAGGACCGCGUCAGCGAGACGCAGCGCAUCGCGGAGGACGCGAGCGCGGCGGCGGCAGUGACCGCGGCGCAGGUCGACGGCAACGGCGUCGCCGGCGGGAAGCUGGAUCCCCCCACCGCGGGAGCAAGCCUCGAGAUGACGCGCAGCACCAACGGCAAGGAGCACGUACCGGUGCCCGGCAGCCCCGUCCGGCAGAGCCCGACUGCGGCAGGUGGUGUCGGGGACAGCAAGGCCGCUACGAGCCGGCGGGAGGUGGGGUUCACGACCGACACGGUGAGCAACGCAGACGACGACGCUCCUGGGGGGGGCUUUCUGCCCGGCACCGAGCUGCAGUCUCAGCCCAGCCACGCGGAGAGCCUUGCGAGUGCACUGCGCAACCCCAACGCGCCGGCGUCGAAGGGGUCCAAGCACACCCGUUUCAGCGUAACGAAUCGGCCAGCGUCCAGCGAGGAGCACGGCGGCAUGUCGCGGUCUCGGCGCGGCUCGGCGAUGCACGGCGAGUCUGGAACACUGAAAUCGCAGCUGGGAUCGUGCCAGGGCCGCACCAUCACCGACGAGGCCAUGCAAAUGGACGUUUCGUCGCGCCUGGGGAACUUCAUGGCGUCUGUGUCGGCGCUGCGCGACGAGAUGCUCGUGCCAACGAUGUCGGCGAACUUUGACGGCGAGGACGAGGCCCUCGGCACGCGACUGUCGCACAGGAGCUCGAUGCGCCGCAGCCGCGACGGGCGGACGCGCAAGAGCGGGCGCGCGAGCGCGCAGUUCGACGAUGUCGGGGGCGCAGGCAGGCCGCGGCGCAUGUCCCGCGGCGGGCGGCCAGGCGAUGUGGUGCCCGCCCCCGUGGGGUCCGUCGGCGGCGCGCCGCGCGGGUCGCGCCGGUCGAGCCUGAUGGAGACGAUAUUCCGGCGCAGUGUGGAGUCGCCGCGCGCCGGGGCCGCCGCGAUGGCGGGCGCCCACUCCAGCCACGCGGAAGCGCCGCAGGGGCCUGGUGGGAAGAUGCCGUCACUGCUCGGGGGCGCGCGGAGCAGAGUCGCGCCUGAGCCGCAGACGUUCCAGGCGCCUGCCUCGGUACGCAGCGACUCGCGGGACUGA